CACUGCAAACCACACCACUGAAGUGUGCUGCUCGCUCUUCCGGUUCACGUCGUUCUUUCAGACUGGCAAAAUGGCUGAUCAGAGCGAGCGUGCGUUUCAGAAGCAACCCACGAUCUUUCUUAACCGCAAGAAAGGUCUGGGCCCGAAGCGCAGGAAGCCUAUGAGGUACAGCCGCAACGUCGGGCUCGGUUUCAAGACGCCUCGCGAAGCUCUCGAAGGAACCUACAUCGAUAAGAAAUGUCCAUUCACCGGCAAUGUAUCGAUUAGAGGACGCAUCCUCACUGGCGUUGUACAAAAGAUGAAGAUGCAACGUACUAUAGUUAUACGCAGGGAUUAUCUGCAUUAUAUUAGAAAGUACAACCGUUUCGAGAAGCGCCAUCGGAACAUGAGCGUCCAUCUCAGCCCGUGUUUCAGGGAUGUAGAGAUUGGUGAUGUAGUCACCAUUGGAGAAUGCAGACCUUUGAGCAAGACAGUAAGGUUUAAUGUAUUGAAGGUUUCGAAAGGAACGGGAUCAAAGAAAAGCUUCAAAAAGUUCUAAACAUCUAUCUUCUCAGCAAAGGAUUAUUUUUGGCAGAUUUCAAGAAUGAGGUACGAAAAGAAGUACGAAACUUCACAACCAAAUGUGAUUAUACUAUUUGUACUUUAAUUCUCAUAUUCGAAAUCUGGCAAAAUGACAAAAAUAAAAUUUAUAAAAAUAUCGUAUGA